AUGGAUUACGUAAAACUUGUACUAUUUUUUAUACUAUUUUCCUUCCUCUGCCAACUUGCUUUUUGCUCAUCCUUAUCUCAUUUGUGCCCCAAAGAGCAAGCUCUUUCUCUUCUACAAUUCAAGAACAUGUUUACAAUAGAUCCUUAUGCUUAUUCUUUUGAAGGGGUUCAGUCAUAUCCCAAAACUCUUUCGUGGAACAAGAACUCAGAUUGUUGUUCAUGGGAUGGAGUUUAUUGUGACGAGACGACAGGACAAGUGAUUGAGCUCAACCUCAAUUGCAGCCGACUUCAAGGCAAGUUUCACUCCAACAGUAGCCUCUUUCAACUCUCCAAUCUCAAAAGGCUUAAUUUGUCUUAUAAUGAUUUUUCUAAAUCACUCAUUUCACCUAAAUUUGGUGAGCUUUCUAGUUUGACUCAUCUUGAUUUGUCGUAUUCAAGUUUUACAGGUCUAAUACCAGCAGAAAUCUCUCAUCUUUCUAAAUUACACGUUCUUAGUAUCCAGAGUAAUAGUGUAUUAAGAUUCGGACCUCAAAAUUUUGAACCGCUCCUUAAGAACUUGACCCAAUUAAGAGAGCUUUACUUUUACGGUGUGAACAUCUCUUCCACCAUUCCUCUGAAUUUCUCUUCUUAUUUAACAGCUCUACAGCUUCCAUUAACACAGUUAUACGGGGUAUUGCCCAAAAGAGUUUUCCACCUUUCCAGCUUGGAAUCUCUUGAUUUAUCAUACAAUCCCCAGCUCACUGUUAAGUUUCCCACAACCAAAUGGAAUAGCAGUGCAUCACUCAUGGAGUUAUAUCUCAGUGGUGUGAAUGCUACUGGUAGGAUACCUGAAUCAUUUGGUCAUCUAACUUCACUGCGUAUAUUAGAUUUGUUUUCUUGUAAUCUCUCAGGCUCUAUUCCUAAACCUCUAUGGAAUCUCACCAACAUAGAGGAUUUGGUCCUUCUUGAUAACCAUCUUGAAGGACCAAUUUCUGAUCUCUUUAGAUUUGGAAAGCUCAGUCGGUUAUCACUUGGAAAUAACAACUUGGAUGGCCAACUUGAGUUCUUAUCCUUUAACAGAAGCUUGACGCAACUUCAAUUCUUAGAUUUUUCAUUCAAUUCCCUAACAGGUCCCAUUCCUUCUAAUGUAAGUGGUAUGCAAAACCUACAAUCACUCUUAUUGUCAUCAAACCACUUGAAUGGGACUAUACCAUCCUGGAUAUUCUCCCUCCCUUCACUAACUGGUUUAGAGUUGAGUGAUAACCAUUUCAGUGGAAACAUUCAGGAGUUCAAAUCUAAAACAUUGAGUCGAGUUUCUCUAAAGCAAAAUCAGCUGCAAGGUCCUAUUCCAAAGUCACUCCUAAACCAGCGUGAUCUACAUUAUCUUCUCUUUUCACACAAUAAUCUCAGUGGACAGAUUGCUUCAACCAUAUGCAAUCUGAAAACACUACGAGUGCUAGAUUUGGGCAGCAAUAAUUUGGAGGGAACAAUCCCACUAUGUUUGGGUGAGAUGAGUGGACUUUGGGCUUUGGAUUUAAGCAACAAUAGUCUUAGCGGGAUAAUUAAUACAACUUUAAGUGUUGGAAACGAUCUUAGAAUCAUUAAAUUUGACGGGAAUAAGCUAGAGGGGAAAGUUCCACAAUCUUUGAUCAAUUGCAAAUAUUUGGAAGUUGUUGAUUUAGGUAACAAUGAGUUGAAUGACACAUUUCCUAAAUGGUUGGGAGCCCUACCUGAGUUGCAGAUUUUGAACUUGAGAUCAAAUAAAUUCUAUGGCCCUAUAAAAGAUUCUAGGACUGACAAAUUGUUUGCUCAAAUUCGAGUCAUAGAUCUCUCUUCCAAUGGAUUUAGUGGAGAUUUACCAAUGAGCCUUUUUGAGAAAUUUGAAGCCAUGAAAAUAACUAGUGAGAACAGAGGAACCCGAGAGUAUGUAGCAGAUAUAAAUUCUUAUUAUUACACAAAUUCCUUGAUAGUGACAACAAAGGGACUGGAGCUUGAGCUUCCUCGAGUUUUGACUACAGACAUGAUUAUCGAUCUCUCAAGGAAUAGAUUUGAAGGUCAUAUCCCAAGCAUUAUUGGAGAUCUCAUUGGGCUUCGCACGUUGAACUUAUCGCAUAAUCACUUGGAAGGUAUUAUACCAUCAUCACUGCACCAGUUAUCUGUACUUGAAUCAUUGGAUCUCUCAUCCAACAAAAUCAGCGGAGAAAUUCCACAACAACUUGCAUCCCUCACAUCACUUGAAGUCUUAAAUCUAUCUCACAAUUAUCUUGUCGGAUGCAUCCCCAAAGGAAAACAAUUUGAUACGUUUGAGAAUAGUUCAUACCAAGGGAAUGAUGGGUUACGUGGAUUGCCACUCUCAAAAGAUUGUGGUGGUGAUGAAGGGGUACCACAAGCGACAACUCAAGUUGGGCUAGAUGAAGGAGAAGAAGGAGAUUCAGCAAUAAUAAGUUGGCAGGCGGUUCUCAUGGGUUACGGUUGUGGACUUGUUGUUGGAUUGUCCAUAAUAUACAUAAUGUUGUCAACUCAAUAUCCAGCAUGGUUUUCAAGGAUGGAUGUAGAAUUGGAACACAAAAUUCUUACGAGAAUGAAAAAGCAAAAGAAAAGACAUUAG